AUGCAUGAAAAUUUAAGUAUUUACAAUAAAAUUAAAAUGCAACAACGAUCACGAAGCUUACAAAGUUCACUGAAGCGAACUCGUUUUGGAAGUCGUUCGUCGAAUAAAUCAGUUCGUUUUGCUGACUGGGAGGGUGCUUCGUUGAUAAAAGUUCGUAAUUUGAGCGCGGAUGAUGUACGUGAAAUUACACCAAAACCAAGUACGUCGGAAGAUGGAGAAAUACAAAUAAGGUUGUUUUCAUCUUCAAAUUCCGUUACCGGAAUAAUUCAAGUGAUUAAUCCGCAAAGCGAACAAAAUGACGGUGAAUGUCUUUUCAUAAUACUUUACGUUGACAAAGGAGGACAAGAAUACCGUAAAAUUUUAGCGUUCCGCGAAUCAGUAUGUAAAGACAAUCUCAGUCGCUGGUAUUUUUGUGUAAAUCUUCAGGACCUAUACAAAUAUUCUCAGUGCUCUUUUAAAGUUGAAUAUACUUAUGGCGACAAUAAAGUAACUGACGACAAUAAUGGUGAACUUUAUGCGAUUCAAUUUGCAACAUCGACGAAAAAAUUAUCAUAUUAUUUGUCACAAGAAUCUUUUCUAUCCGAUUUAUUAUUUCAAGAAGAACUUGUAAUAUAUUAA